CGAAGAUGUUACGCAUUGGCAGGAUCUUGAUUGGAGUCAUCGUGCAGAGAUGCGGUCUAGGUUACUCUCUACGGCCUCUGACUCAUCACCCUUGGAGAACACUGUUCAGCUCGGUUCUGGUAAAUUUGGAGGCUGCGUUGCGAUGAACCUGCUUAUCAUUGAUCAUUUAGCUUAUAUCAUUGUUUUGGAACACUCUUUCUACAUUUUCAACAAGCAACGCUAUCUUCAGGACCAACGACCUGCUCCCUCUUUUUAUGUCGCUCUCGAGCGGUACAUGGCAUCCCAGCAUGCAGCUGUUGUCAGGGAAGGUGUGAGCGCUGCCGUUCAGGCAUAUGAAGAAGCUGUGGCUACUGCCGCCCACGCAUA